AUAAAAUUAGGUUUUACUUGAUAAAUGAUUUAAUCUUUCAAACUUACAGUUGGUUAGACAUAAACAGCGUUAGAGUCGAAGUACUCAAAUAAUGAUAAUAAUACUAAUUGUUGUUGUUUAUAAUAAAAGAGAUAUUAAGCAUAGAAAGUAUGGUUUAGGAAAGAAAAACAGAAGUAAUUGAUCUGUGAAAGAAGACAAACUGAAUUUGUCUUUGCAACUGCGUCCGAUUUUAAUCCAUUUUACUUAAAGCCUUCGAUCGUUGUUCGGGAUUGUCAUCCUGCAUUUAAGUCUUACGACUAUCUUCAACUGAUCUAUCUUGCUCAGUAGAACCUUAAAGAUGAUAUAUCUCGGUUUAGUCCUCACCAUAGACAAGUUUAACUACCUCGUUAAGAUAGCAGUUACGAACGAAUUUUUCAGAUAUAUAUAUAUAUAAUGUUGCACAUGAUAACUGUAUUAGGAUUCACAGACGUAGUUUUAUAUAAUAGUAGUAGUUUUACCCUCGGAUUUCAUAAGAAAGCAAGAGAAUGAUUCAUUAACUAGAGAUUUUGAACAAUUAGCCACAACUUUAUCCAAAAACAGCCCCCAAAUGCUCUGGUACAGCCGAGACUGGGGAGAGUCAGCUCUCCCUCUCGAAAUGCUCUCACAUGGCCACGCGUAUAUAGCCUCUGCCAGGGAAGUCCUACCCACUGCCUUCUCGUAACGGGUGUGUUGUUUACGAAAAUGAGAGGACGAAAAGCGAAUGUCCGGGGCUUUAACCGGAUUUCAAACCAAUGGUGCACAUGGACUCCAAUAUCCUGCGGGAACAAAUGGCGUGUGAACCAAUUGUUGGUCACCGGCUUCCAUGGGACUGCAUCUCCUUACGAUGCCUUGUGGACCAGACCUUCAGAUCGAAGGCUCGGGGUGUGGCCCCCUAAGAAAACCACCUGCUUCGGUUUGGGCACCCGGGUAGUAUCACAGCCCUCACACAUAUCGAAUGAGAUUUGUGUGGCGCAUAUGUAUUUGGUGCCUCCUUGUACCAAUAUCUAUGUGUUAAAAUAAAAUAAUGAGAUAAUUAUCCAAAACAAUAUUUUAUUAGUCAAAUCGUUGACACCAAGUACCAGUCAGUCACUAAAAGGACGAUUAAUUUCAUCCUGUCUGACGCUCAGCCCUCAGUUACACAUGUCCGAAUUUUGCACGAUUCAAUAGGUUUCGAAUUCGUAUAAUUACAGCGUAUGGUUAACAGUUGCUAUCCUUGCUAUCUUAAUCCCAGUAAAAUCGUCCAGUUUUAGACAUAUAUAAAUUUAAGAAUGAUAUUUGACUGUUUGGUGAUUCGUGAUUUCCACAAUGUAUGUCCUAUCUACUCCCAGAGUCUUUCCCUCAUUUCCUCUUCAGAUGGAGGCUGGUUUGUUCUCUCCCACAGUAAGCUGUUGCUGACGAUAUCCGACCAACGGAUAUUGAGUAUCUCACGUAGACAACUGUUUAUAAAUACUUGUACCAUUUUGGUGUUGGUUGUAAUAGUUCUCGAAGUUUCAGCUCCGUACAGUAGAACUGUCAUGACGUUCGUAUUGAAGAUUGUCACUUUGAUAUUGGUUAAGAGACAGUUGUUUUGAGUUUCAUAUGUUGUAGAAUUAUAGGAAUGUUGCCCUUGCUUUGACAAUCCUGGUACCGAUAGUAGUGUUAUGCAUCGGUAGUUUUCACAUUUGCUCAGAUCUCCUUUCUUUGGUAUCUUGGUGAGGUGUUCUUCUUUCCAGUCUGUCUGUGGCACUUGUUCCUCCUCUGUCAGGUCGCACUGCUCUCCCACUCUUGAUUUGUCUGAUGGUCACAACUGAUUUCUCCGACCGUUGGUGGAGUGACAUCUAUGGGAAGGUCUGUGUGUGUUACUUCGAUGUCCAGUGAAUUCAAUGGAGCUGGCCUAUUCAUGAGUUUCUCAAAGUGUUCUACCCAUCUGUUCCUCUGUUCUCGAAUCUCAGUGAUUGUCUUGCCUUCUUUGUCCUCGACCAAUCUGUCUGGUUUACUAUAAUUGCCCACCAGUUUCUUCGUCGUGUCAUAUAGUUGUCUUAUAUUUCCUUUUGUUGGAGCUUUUUCCACCGUCGUUGCUAGCUGUUCCACAUAUUUCUGCUUGUCAGCUCUAAUGCUCUUCUUCACUUGCUUGUUUGCUUCGGUGUAUUCAGUUUGUGCCUUGGAUCUCUCUGUUCUUGUUCGAUUGUCGUUAACUUCUGCCCUCGUGUUCUUCCUUUCGUGAAUCCAAAACAGGGUUUCCGUAGAGACGCACUCCUUUUUGGUGAUGCUCCUUGCGACCCAGAACCUCCUGACACGUCGAAGUUAGUGUUUCCCUGAUCCAUUUCCAGUUGUUCCCCAUAGUAGCUUCUUCUUCUUCUUCUUCUUUGAGUAGAUCCUGUAAGACUUGGAACCUGUUGUUGAGUGCUAUGUUGAAUUGGUUGAGCUUGUCAGUAUGUGGAAGGAAGUAUGUAUUAAACCUUUGUAAUGCUGUUUUCCCAGUUGUCCAUUGCUUCUUUAGCUUCAGUUUGAUCUUGGACACUUCGGUAGAAUCUCGUCUUUCACCAUAAGGCGUCAUAAUUGUUCUGAAUGAAGAUCGUUGAACUUGGAGAAAAGAGUUUAAUUGAUUGAAUUUGUUUAAUCUGGUUCGCGUUUUUUGGCAGCAUUGUUUUCUACUUUGUGUGGUUACUGACCCCAUAGUCAAUCCUCUCAGCAUGGAUGCGAAUAGCUUGUUUUGCAUUUGCUAACUUUCGUCACCUAUGGCGAAGGCGAGAUAUCCAUCUAUCAAUUUAGGUACGAGUAUACUACGCGGCAGGUCGUUCUGUUUUACUUUACGACUGCGAAACGUGGCCAUUAACAGUAGAAGACACUCGUAAGCUACCAGUAUCUGGCCACAGGUGUCUAAGAAAUAUUGCUCACAUCUAGUGAGAUCACCGGGUAAGUAAUAGUGAGGUUCGACGCAGGGUAUUAUGGGAUGAUGGUAAAUCAGUUGAUGAGGUCGUGAAUCUUCAUCGACUGAGAUGGUUGGGCCACUUGCUGCAUAUGCCUGAACACUGAUUACCACGACGCGCAAUGCUGUCUGGUGUUGGAAGAAAGUUAGGGGCGGCCAAACCAAAACGUGGCAUCAGUGCUUAAAGUCACUAACUUCUAGUCUGAGCUAUGUUGGGAGAUGCAGACUAAUUGGUUGGGGUCCUUGUGACUAUCGUAACGAGUGGUUGGAGAAUCUGUGUGACAUGGCUGCGAAUCGAUCACAAUGGCGUCAGUGUAUACACUCUUUAUCUUCCUUUAAACUAUGAGAUUAAAAUACUUCAUAUCUUUCUUUCUGUUCUAUAUCCUUACAUGAAAUCUUUCUUUUAUAUAUUACACCAUUGAGUUAGCUGCUUCUAUGAAUCCGAUGUUCGUCUUGCUGUGCUAAUGAGGUAUGGCAACUUGGACUGAUGCAUAUAUGUGCCUGGUCCUACGUUGUAACUAACUGAUUGACUGAUAGCCAAUCCUCAGCUUUCACCAUUGCUUGAUACCGGCAAUAGCCCUAGAAGAGCUACUGGCGGAGUUCAGAUAAAAUUUUAUAUAUAUUCUAGCAUAUCAAGUUAGCAAUGUGUGUUAGCGAAAGUAAAAUGUGAUUAUUAGAAAAAAUAAUCACUUAGUCUGCUGAUUAUUAAAUAUUCGAUUUUCUUUCAUCCGACUGAUUUUUCCGGACCCAUCUAAUGUCACUUCUUUUAACUAUGUUGAAUAAAGUAUUAUCUAGUUUUAAUCUGGAUCUCUAUUCUAGGUCGUGAUUCUGAAAUAACAUGGCUAGUGUGAUUAUCGUAUUAACAUGUAAUACACCUGAGAGAGGAUAAUAGUUAUAUCAACAAGACCUUUUUGAAAUUGAAUAACUGGUCAUCACUAUAAUACUGAAUAUUAUGCGGCACUGAAUAAACAUCUUCUUUAUAGAGAUCGACGUAAAUAUUAUGAAAUUUUUCGUCUAUAUUUGCUAGAAAAUUCACUUUAUGAUCUAUGGUUCAUCUUAAACUCAAUAAACAGUUGUGCGAUUAAUUAAUAAAGAAAAUGAAAUUAGUGUUAAACCUAAUUAUUUGUAUGGUAGGUUAUCGUUAUUGUUAAAAAAACAUGAAUUUAAUUUUCUUACUUAUAUAUAUAACAGCUUUAGUUUUCUUAUAAAAGAGGGUAAAUUCAUGCUCAAAUAAUUGAUCAGUAGUCUCUUGGUUUCGAUCAGUUUUUCCCUUAUCACUGAUUUCUAAUAAGAAAGUGUACAUGUUUUAGUUGAGAAACACAACUUUUAUGAAAGCUACAACAGCUGUACUCCUUUCACCUUUUAAGGGUAAAAUAUCCUGUGACAAUACCAACAUUUCGUACAGUCAGCCCGUGAAGUAAUUGACUGUUAAAAUGAGUUGUGUAAACUUCUUGUUUGUGCUGAUGCAGUAGUCGUAAACUACGAUCGAACCUGUUGAAUGACACGGUUCAAAACCAGUUGUGUUGAUAUAGUUUCGCCAAUGUCUAUCUUCUAAAUCAUAAGCAUAUUACAACUUCAUACUUUUCAAUCCCUGAUCGUGUUAAUUUUGCAGCACAAUCGAUAUUAUCACUCCUUUUCUCUUUGCUGUUGUUCUCUUCGUUGAUUUCUUCUCUAACUGUCCAUUUACACGAAGGAUGUAACGUAAAUCGGUUCACAUACGUAAAAUAUUUGAAGUCGUGUGUUUCUAAGUAGUAACAUUCAGUUUCAUAUUCACUUUCACAUAUAAUGUCUUCUCUGUUCUCGGCGCCCAAUUUCUGUCAAACUAUUCGUUCUAAUCUUGACAAAUAUUCGUAUAAACAUUCAGUUCUGUUAUUUAACUUAUUAUUAUGAAUGUGUGGAAUAGUCCAAUUUUUUUCCACAUAAUACUCUUAGAUUUGGAAUCAUUAUUUUAGGCCUGUCUUGUAUAAACACCACACAUUUACGUUUAAGAUUGUGGUUGGAGGUAGUCAACAGGAGACCCUGGACCUAGGUUUCGUGCUUCUUGGCACUCGUCAGCAAGGUGUACCUGUAAUCCUGAGGGAACUGAUGCUCCCUGACGGAUUCGAUCCGCACUAAAAAUGACCUGACAUACAUGACAUUGAUCACCACCCAGUGAUCAAUCAACUGAGUUGCUCUCUUUGUUCUGUAAAUGAUUUUGGUUAGGGCUAUCGUUAUUACAUUCAUAUGUACAUUUUUAUUCUAAGCGUACGUCACACAUGUUUAUGAUAUUCGAACAACGGUGUAUUGUUUUAAAAUGUUUUCUAAUAAGCAAUUAUAUGACGUAAUAAUACAUUGUCAUUAACAUACUUUUCUCUCCCCUCUGUUGUAUUUCUCUCUCUUGUAUCAAUCGUCUAAUUUCAGACUUCAAUUAUUGAUUAUAUCACGCUAAGCUCACGCAUGAAAUCACAUGUGUUGUGAUUACGUAUUUAUGAUGCAAACGUCUGCUUUGUUUGUUUAUAUAUUAUAUUCAUUGUACGUGUGUGUUUGUAAGCUAUAUGUAUUCUGAUUUCUUUGUUCAAGUCUACGCUCAUUUUUUUAUAUAGUUUAUACACUGUUAUCAGCUGAUGAUGUAUCAAAUGUUCCAUAUAAGAGAAAAAACAUCAUCAAUGGUCAAUACUUUCUCGAGAUGUCUGUCUCAAACAGUUAAAAAUUUAGUUUAGCACCAUGUAUAAAUGGUGUUAACAUAUUAACCCUUCAAAGUAUUGAAGAUUUCGAUAAUGUAAUAAGAAGACGAAGAUUAUCAGAACUAUGUGAUAUAUUAGCGCAGUAUAUUUCGAACAAUCUGAUCACACAUAUACUUGUUAAGAGCAUUUAUGUAUAAGAAUAAAAGGUGGAUGGAUGCUUAUCCUCUGCUCUUAUUGGGUCACUUGAUUCUAUUUGUUUCUGCAGCCAUUUUGGUACAUGUUCACACACACUAAUUUUGAGAUCACGAUUGCUCCUCCCUGUGUAUGUGUGACCACACACAUAUAUAAAUUGGUAGACACAGUGGGACGUGACACUACUGGUUUUGGAUGAAGCAUGCACCUUGUUCUUUCUUUGAUAAUGACCUUUGCUACGCAAUACGUUUUACUGACGACUGAUUUACGUCUUUGUUUCAAUAAAAGGCUACUUGAAUCACCUCUGAAUGGUAAGGUGAUAUAGACAGGCUUUUUUAUUACUCUUAUUAUUAUCCUUAUCUCCUCUUACUCCGUUUCCAGUAUAGUUGACCUUUUAUUUUUAUAUAUAAAUGCUCUUAACAAGUAUAUGUGUGAUCAGAUUGUUCGAAAUGUAUUGCGCCAAUAUAUCACAUAAUUCUGAUAAUCUUCGUCUUCUUAUUACAGUAUUGAAGAUUGUUUUAAAAGAACUUUGCUAUUAUUAACUAGAAAACGUUUUCCACUAUGUUUCUCAUAUCUGAACUGGAUGCUUUCAACCGAUGUAACAGAAUAAAUUCUAGUUUGGUUAAGUUGAAUUAUUGGUUUAUAGCAGUCCACUGUUUUCUUGGUGAUAAAGCAUAUAAAGUUCCCUCACCUUUUAUUGAAAUCAUAUAAUUAUUUUGAUUUAUUUAGUCAUAAGUUGUUAGUGAUUAUUUUACUUAUUUAUUUAUUUAAUUCACAUAUAAUUUGGUACAGAGUUGGGCACCAAAAGUAGUAUACGCCACACGAACUUUGUGUGUGUGUGUGUGUGGGUAAGGUACUACUCGAGUUUCCAAAAUAGGUGGUUGGGUUAGUAUGUAACUCUCCGAAUCUUUAACCUAAAGGCUUAGUCAAUAAGGUAGUGGAGUAUCCUCAAAAUCUGCCGUGAUCAGAAACAAAUUCAUGCGCUGUUUUUAUUCCUCCGAGAUUCUGAUGUCCACUUACACUGUUGGUUUAGAAUUAGGGCUUUCCGUUUACCCCUUAAAUAAAUCCGUCAUAUGGGCUAAUCUGGUUUGUGUACAAGAUGUUCUUACAAUUUAUUCGCGCCACAAAUUUGAACAAAGUAAGGACGGUUCAUUGUAUUUCGUUGCUUUCUUUUCUUCAGCUAACAUACAAAGUAGUAAUAUUUACAUAUUUCCAAUUAUUAACAUAAUCUUCAAUUUAAAAUAGAUUGUAAAUAACCAGUGGAUCGUCUGGAAUGUGAAACAGAGUUAGUGUUUUUUAAACAGGUUUUUUAUAAUUGGUCAAGAUGAUAGUUGUGGAAAAUAUUCAAGAUAAUAUUGUCUGCGUAAUACAACAAAAUUUAUUUUCUGAAGUUUAUGAAUGAAAAGAAGGGCGUGUGAGUUUAACCCACUUGAUUCUAUUCACAUUCCUUUUUCUAAAUUCCAAACAACCUACUCGUGAUUGACAGUUGGUUUUUCAAAUUUAACAUUGCGUUAAUAUUUCUUUGAAAUCAUGAACUGAUUUAAUUAGAUAGCCAUUAAAAAGCUAGGAGCACUGAACGACUAUUUCACACUAGUAUGGGACUCCUCAGAAGUGCGCAUCCACAAUCCCGCACUAAAUGGAAUCGUCAGUCAGUCAGAAUCGGACCUAUGACGUUUUGUCUCGUGCACGAACACAUCACCCCUAAACUGCUGAGCAAACAUCCAACGGUGUUAAUAUCUAGACUCGGUCAAUUCACAAAAUUGAACAACCACCUUCCAUUGUUUUUGGUGGGAAGUUGUCUCACACCCUCCAUGGAUUAACUACAAUGGUCACGGCUCCUUACCACAAUUUUGAAGAUUUUCUCUCGAAGCCAGUCAUUACUCAGCACAUAGUGAUUCUCGAUUUGGGUUUGUGGAGAUUGUUGAGUUUCAUUAAAAUCAAUAGUGCUGUGGAGUUCAAUACUAGGACGAAACGGUCGUCCUGUGCUUCCAGAUUUUAAAUGGUUGUCUAGCCUAAAUCGGUUUAUGAUUUCAAUGAAAUUCAACCGUCUGUCUUACUUUCUUAAAACCCAAUCAGUAACGGAAACAUACGGAUCUUUUCGUACUUAUAUUUUGAAAUCUAUUUAUAGGUUGUGCGUACGUUGUUGAUAUCUAAGUUUGUUCUCAUGGUAAAACUAUUUCAUACGAACUUUCGCUUCUGAUUGUUUAAACAUAGUAACCACUCACAUUGUUCUACGUACACCACCUUAUAUAAUUACGGUUCAAUCUAUCAUGUUAAAUUUGGUUAUUCUGAGUCACAGAAAGUGGUUUAUCUAUUCAUCUUGUUUAUACUUCAUCUUCGUUGAUCUAUGUUCAUAAUAUAUUUGAGAGUAGUUAUAAACACACAUUGAUCAGCAGACAGUGUAAAAUUUCUCCCAACUGUUUCCCCUAUACUACUAGCGAUUUGGCAUCGACGUAAAUUAUGUUUUUCGGAUAUUCAUAUGUAGCUGAAAAUGUUUAAUAGUUAUCUUCAUAAAUAGGUUUUCGAUUGUCCGUUCGUGUAGGUAAUAUGUAUUCAUUUCCUAUCCUUCACUCAUAAACAAAUAAAUUUUGACUGCAACUUCGAAUGCACUGUUUAGCACCGUAGAUCUAUAGGCUUUCAUCUCUUUUUCUGCUUUACAGCUUGUGAACAAGUAAUACGUAGUAUGUUGUCGAAAGAACCGAACGAUCGUCCGACAACAAAACGUAUCAGUCAAUUUCCAUGGUUCACUUCAUCAACAAUUCCACAUAAUCAUUAUCACGAUAAACUAAUUGCAAAUGUUAUGUCUAACUCAUUGGCCACAAUGCAUUUAACUAAUCAACCUGUCCCUACACCAACAACGUUACGACAUACAUUGUCACCCUGUGGUGCUAAUUCAAAUAUUUUAAAUAAAUCCACAGACUGUGAUUUAGUUCAACCCACGUUUGUUUUGAAACAUUGUUCUUGUGAUUGCUCUUCGAAAUUCUCAUGGAGUAAAGAUGAUCUACAAAGUCCUGGGCCUAAUUUAGCGGCUGAAAUGAAAGUAAGUCAUUUUUCUCAAGUUAACACUUAAGCUGAUUUAAAUUGGCUCUGUUAUUUUUUUCCCUACUAUUUUUACAUAAUUUCGUCCACAUUGUAUUGUAUCGUGACUUAAUGAAGUAAAUAAGUUUAAGUAUUCUCGAGAUCACUGUAUUUUGUUGUUUCACAGCGCUUAAUGCUUUUAAAUCAUAUUUUUACGAUUCGUGACUUCAUUCUGUUGCUAUUUUUUAAAGGUUGGUAAAUUAAAUGAAUUAGUUAUUAUGAUUAUGGAGUCCUAUGGAAUGUGUCGCACUCAAAUUCUCAAAGUGAGUUAUCAUCCGAGUGAUUUUUAAAAAAAAAGUAUACUCAUGUUUAUUUAUCAUUUAGGUAACUGAUUCUAAGAUAACAUAUGUAGAACCUAAUCUUAAGCUAUCAAAUAACUUAUAUUUCUUUCACAAGCGAUUUUCAGCGAUGUAUUUCAAGCUUGUGGUAUUAAACAUUAUCGGAAACACGGACGAGUAUCAUCUUAAAACAUCGUCUGUUUACUAUGGUAUAUUUUAUGUAAUUGGUAAUAUUAUCUACCUAUUCUGUUUAGUCGAUAAGCUUAAAACCCUAAGUGGAAAGUAUUUUGGUUCUUUUAUUAAGUAUAUAAGCGUAAAUCUUGUCUAAAAAUGUAAUUAUAAGUCCCUAAUAUUUAAACUUUUUCAUUUUAUUUGCCUAAAGCAAUUAACUCGAUCUUCACAUUUAAUAACCGUUAACUCAGUGAAUUAUUAUUUCAUUUUGACCAGCAUUAACUUACAGCUGAUGCGUUAACUGGUGUCCUCUGUCUGUAAUUCAUAUUGUUUGAAUUGUAUUCAGCUACAGUAGCGUAGCGUGUUCAUAACUAUUGGUCCUUGUAAAAAUCCUAUCUAGGUUUUGGUUAUAACUUAUCAUGUGUCAUUCCUAUAUUACUUUAUGAUAAUCAACAAACUCUGUAUCCUAAACGGACUAAUCCAAGUGAAUUAGUUGCAUCCAUAAUUGUUACCAAGUAUCAAACUAACUGCCAACUUAUGGAAGUGUAUAGAUUAUCAUUAACUACAUUUACAAGGUUAUACAAAACUUGAUGAUAGCAUGCCAAUUAGUAAUUUUCAGAGGCUCCUCGAAUAGUUCGCCUGAUUUAUUUCCUCAGCAAUGUCGUUCAGACUGCCCCGUGCUCCUCCUUGGUCGGUGACGACCGUUCCAAUAAAUGAAGCGGAAGUGUUCUAGGUUUGUCUUUUAAGGAAUGCUAUACCUGAGGAUUUUAUCACUGUCGUAAAGCUCUAUGUGAAUAUACUUUAAAUGGAUUGAGGCCAAAAAACCAUAAACGGACUGUUAUACAGCCUGUCGGUGGAAGCAGCUCUUCGUUUGCUUGCUAAACUUCCUCUGCCUCAGCCGUGGGUAGUCGUUAACUCGGUGUGCUCGAUCAUCACUGUUUAAAAUAAUCUCGACACCCGAAAAAAACUUUUUAUCAGUUAGAUGAAUCGUCAUUAAAUGAAUGAAAUUUCGAACAAUCUGAUCCCAAAUAUACUUGUUAGGAACAUUUAUUUAUGGAAAAUUAAACGGUCAACUAGACAAAUGUAAGGUUAGAGGAAACAAAAAUAAUAGAAAAAAUUAUGUUAAAAGCAAUGUGAAACUCACCACACUGGAUAAUAAAACAAUAUUACUUGGGUAGGCUAAGAGUGAAAACAUACUGUUUUUGAAAACAAAAGGGAUUUCAAUUUUAGUGUGACCAAAGCUUCAAUAAACCUUAAUAUGCGUCCUUAAACACUUUUGUACAAAACCACAAGAGCCGAGUUAAGAUCACUGUUGUCACCUGUUUCAACUAUGUGUUUAGCAACAGAGGAUAAUGAAUGUUUAUCAUCUCCUCUUAUUGAGUAAUUUGAUUUCAUCAUUCAUCACAUAGUUCUGAUGAUUUUCGUAUUCUUAUCACAGUAUCCAAAUUUGGCAAAUAGACUAAUUGUUUUGAGAUUUAGAUGGUGGUUGGAGGCAGUCAACAGGAAACCCUGGACCCGGGUUUCGUGCUACUUGGCACUCGUCAGCAAGGUGUACCUGUAAUCUUGAGGGAACUGGUGCUCCCUGGCGGAUUCGAUCUCGUGUCACCCAGCUUCACAGACAGAGACGUUACCACUGAGCUAUCCGAGCCGUGACCAACCUCCUGUAGGACUGAGAUGUAAUCACAAUUGAUUGAUCACUGGGUGGUGAUCAAUCAAUUGUGAAGACUAAUUGUUUUGAAUGAAAAUCCUAAUUGAAUUGUAACUAUUAGUGACUACUAUUCUUAUCGAUUACUGAUAUGAAUUUUCUUUCUUUUAUUUCUUUACUUUAAGAUCCCCCACUAUCUUUUUUGCAUGCCAUAUUUUAUCAAAAACAAACAAUAUGGUAAUGUAUUGACUCUCCAUACCAACUUAUUCAUAGUAUGACUUGGGAAAGCUCUAUUGUUAGGGUUAUGUUAUCAAUUUACGUUUCAUAAUUAAACAGAGCAACUGAAGAACUCAUUAAAACAUACCUUCUGUUAAUUCCCUUCUUUCCCAUUGUUUAUUUUUAUUCUUGUGUUUUACAGUCACUUCUACGUUGUGCUUACGAUCAUCUGACAGCUACUUACCUCUUAUUGGGUGAGAAAUUACGUUUGCAUAAUCUAAACAUUGAUUCAUCGACUACACCUAUUACAGAUUCUGGAAUAAUUAUACCUAAUGGUGACCAUCCAACAACAUCAUGUUAUUCAAUUAUGGCUCCUGAGCAUAAAAGUUUCAAUACCACUCCUGAUUCUGUUAUGAUGCCGAAUUCUAUUCCAUCACCCCAACCAUUAUCAUCGUCGAUUUCCGUACCACAACCAAACUAUUCAACUAUACCUACAAGUAUACCUCCAGUUUUCCCACUGUCCUCCAUAAAUUCAAUGAAUAUGGACCUUCCUUUAUCUAGUUGCUCUUCAUCUAUGGAACAAUUAGAUGAAUCUACAAAUAAUAUCAACUGUUUUGCCGAUACCUCAAUCGAUAAUAGUGAUCAUAAGGACAGUGUUUCGCAAAUAAUCGAUAGAACAGAAAGUGAUAAUUUAACUGUUGAUUCAGCAUAUGGUGUUGCUUUACAGUCCACAUAUGUUAAUAACUCUGUUUCAGAUCGUGUUAUACUUCAGUCUUAUUUGCCUGUGGAGGAUGAACUAAGAAUUGUCAGUGGUGGUACUGGUAAUGUUACUAUUGGUGGCAGACCGCAACAUCGUGUUUUAGCUAGACGAAAAUAUGGAAUCUGCAGUCCACCAGCCUGUUUAGAAGAAAUAAAGCAGGCUUUGAUUUCACAACAACACCAACCACCACUCAUAAAUGAGAGGAAUAUUACAGAUGGUGAUGAUUUACCAUGAUUAUUGAUAGUAAAAUAGUAUCUAACAUAUAUAUAUACCUAUUCCUUUCUAAAGAAAUAAUAAUGAUGAGAUGGAUUGAUUGUAUUUUAUUUGUUCACAAUAUUUGUAACAAAAAGUAAUCAAUUAGCACAAAAUCACUGGAAAUUCUUGUUUUUUAUCAACAAUAUGUAAUUAUAUCCCCACACCCCAUCCGUUACUCUCAAAUUUUAUUUUUUCACAUUAUGGGAUGAAUGCAAAGCAAAUAUGUAGACAGAUAUAAAAACCCACAAGAGAAUAUACACCAUCGUCAUUGGACCUUAUUUAUUCAUAGUCUUUCGCGAUAUAAUAAUAAACCCAAUUUUUGUCAUUUAACUUCAUUGCUUUUUUCGUUAUUUUUGCAUUGUUUCACAGAUAGUUUUUAUUGGUUUGUGACAUGUUUUUUCUCUGUAAAAAGCAACUAUGUACUCAGUCAAAGAAUCUAGAUAUAUCCCAUCUUACAUAAACUGUCACUGCAAAAGUGGAACUUGAUUUCAUUCACAAUACAAUAGUGUUGACCAUUUCUUUGUUUCUCUCAUCAUGAUUUUUCCCUGCUCUUAUUUCUACGCUUCUCUGUUCUGUCCAAACAAAAACUGUCCUCUUUCUCAAUACAGCAUUUUACUUUUUUGAUAUCUAAUUAUCAUUGACUUGGAAAUUGUGAAUACAUAUUCACACUCACUAAUAAGAUAACAGAUAUCGUGUUUCUAUUGAACUUUUAAUGAAACAGCACUUGUCACAUAAUUCAUGUUUUGCAUGUGUGACUUUAUAUAUUUAUUCAUUAUAUUAUUAGAGAUAUAGAUUCACUCAAUACUCUGGUAUUAAUUUUCCAUUUGUCUAUCUUUCAUGUAUCAUGCAUUGUGUACAUAUAAGCUGUGUAUUGUAAAUUUUAUGAAAAAUCCCGGAGUAAAGCUUACUAAUUAUGUAACAAGUUGUAUUGUGUAUACCUGUACUGAUUGGAUGAUUGUGUCUAAGCUUUAUGUUUUGAUUUUCUAUUCACUGCCAUAUUUUUUAUUAUUUGAGCGUCUUACUUAACAUAUGUUUAUCCACACACACGGAACUUCUGUACUCUUCACAUCCUAGUCCUAAUACGGAAUAUGUUUACAUAUU